AUGUUAGAGAAGGGGCAGUUUCAGGAGUACUUUGACCUGGUCAUCAUUCCGGUGGUGGAACAUGUCCCAUGGGUCCUAAAGAACAUGCUGAUUCCUCCGGGAAUUUUCAACCAAGUUAUGCAGAUCAUCAAGGACAAGAUGGACUCAGGGGUCUAUGAGGCUUCAAACUCAUUGUAUCGAUCCCCAUGA